GUGUCAGUCAGUCUUUGUGGGUGCAACGGAACGGUCACUCGGUCGGUAACGACGCGCUUCGCUUCGCUUUGGGGAUCGUGCAUGCAAAUCGUUGCGACUAAAUUAAAUAAUAACUCGCGAUCGUAUCGAUUCCCAAGCAUAUUCAAGGGUCGCGACAUUCCGGCUCCGUCUUAAGCGCGCUUUCUUUGUCGGGUGGUGCGGCACCACUCUAGGUGGUUGCCACUGUGCGUCAAGUAUUGGACGAUUGGCAGAUAGCAGACCGAUUGCAGCAGCAGAAGAAGAGGGAUCAAGAGAUCUAGCGACCCACCUGAAACACUACAACGAAUAUUAUGCUGAUCAUGCUGGCGCUGUGCCUGACGCUCUCCCUGAUGCUCGCCAUGGCCAGUCACCAUGGCUCCAUAGUCCACUCGAUGCAUCAUCAACAACGCCAGCGACACGACACCACCGACAUCAAGGACAAGAUCAUUGAGCUCCAGUGCUUGGCCCGUUGUGAGAACAUCACCAGUCUAUCCCAUCACAUUCAACUGCAUCCGCAGCGAUGUUUGGAGCAGUGUCGCCUGGAACUAUUGCGUGCUCCACGCGUUGGCAGUUGUCCUAGCAGCAAGCAUCUGAUGCGCCAAGCUCCACUCUCCUGCCUCGACAAUUGUGCCCACGAUCACGACUGCAUCGAGGUGCACAAGUGCUGUGCCUCCAGCUGCGGUCCCGUUUGUGUUGAGGCUCUGGGAGUGCGAAAUGCAACCCAACUGCCGCCCAUCCCGAAGAUCCUGCGCUACAAGCUGCCGCGCAGCCACAAGGUGGAGUUGACAAUUGAGUCCUCACUGUUGCCCUAUUACUUCCAUGUCGAGGUGCGUUCCCACAUCGGACGUCUGUUUGCCCCACGAAAACUGGGCGUCUGGCAGUCGCAGCAGGUCGAGAAGAUACUGGAGACGACCAACGGACGCAGCAAAUUCAUGGACAUCUCAUUCAACAUACGUCCGGGUCGCUGGUAUCAGGUGCGUGUAGCGGCUGUGAAUGCUCAGGGAUUCCGCGGUUACUCGCAACCCUCGCACGCUUUUACCUUGGCAAGCCAUCCUAAGCCACCUAAGGCGCCUAAUGACCUGAAGAUUGUGGGCAAGCAUUAUGAUGGUCGCAAUUAUAUGAGUGUGAAGCUCAUGUGGUGUCCCUCCAAGUCUAACCUCCCAGUAGAGAAAUACAAGAUCACCUGGGCGCUUUACGUACGUACCGAGGACGGUUCCCUCGUCGAGGACGAAGCCUACGUCAAGGAUACACAUCAAUUCGAGAUCAAGAAACUGCAGGCCAACUCCUCGUAUUACAUCCAGGUGCAGGCCAUGUCCAUCAGCGGCUCACGACGCCUCAAGUCCGAGAAGAAGGCGCUGCUGUACAACACAACGCUGCAGGCGCCAGUCGAUCCACUGGGUUCGCUGCAGUGCAGCAACCUGCGCCACAGACACCACCACCAGUCGAGCAGCCAGUUCAGCGAGAUCAGCUCCACUCCAACGAUCUAUGAGCUGGGGCUGGGACGAAGCACAACGUCCGCUGCAGAGCUGAACUCGGCGUCAUUUCACUAUGAUGUACGUUUCCGUUUGAACCGGAAAUUCGGCAUGAUUGUGCAGAUUUUGGGCUUUCAGCCACACAAGGAGAAAGUCUACGAAUUAUGCCCCCAAGAAACGAAUUGCGAACAACGCGAGUUCAGCGCGAUUCGCGUUAAAAAAGAUUCGCUGGAGUUUAGCAAAUUGAAGUAUAACACAACUUACGUGCUGAAGGCGUUACGUCCGAGUCCGAACUCCGUGUUGGAUGAGACAAGGAAUGCGUUCACAUUCACAACACCCAAGUGCGACAAUUUCCGUAAGCGUUUUCCUAAAAUGCAAAUCAGAUGCAGCGAUCAGUCCUAG